AUGCCCCCUAAGCAGCUCAACGGAAAGGGCGGCCGCCCCAGCGCCGAGCCUAGCUUUGCGCGCAAUACCAUCCAAGGUCUCACGAGCCCAGAGAACAGGAGCGUUGUCACAGCGAUUGGCUUGUUCGCUAUUGGUGUCACCUUCCUGCACAGCAGCUGGGCUGAGAUCCUCCUCCCCGCGUAA